CCCGCCAUUGACUGUAAAGUGACGCCAUCUACGACCGGAGAGAAGCACUUUGAUAAGAGCCCCACCAAAACCAGGCACCCCCGGAAAAUCGAUCUCAGAGCGCGCUAUUGGGCAUUUCUUUUUGACAAUCUGCGGCGGGCAGUGGAUGAAAUCUACGUCACCUGUGAAUCAGACCAGAGUGUGGUGGAAUGCAAGGAGGUGUUAAUGAUGCUGGAUAACUAUGUAAGGGAUUUCAAAGCACUGAUUGAUUGGAUUCAACUUCAGGAGAAGCUAGAGAAGACAGAUGCGCAAAGCAGACCAACUUCACUGGCAUGGGAAGUAAAGAAGAUGUCUCCGGGCCGUCAUGUCAUUCCAAGCCCAUCAACAGACAGAAUCAAUGUACCAUCCAAUGCUCGAAGAAGCUUAAAUUUUGGGGCUUCAACUGGCACAGUGGCCACCCCUCGCCUGGCUCCCACGGGUGUCAGUUGGGCUGACAAGGUAAAGGCUCAUCAUCCAGGCUCUUCUGCUUCGUCAGAUGUGGCACCCACCCAGUCAUGCCCACUGAUGACCAUGCCGAAGAAUUCCCGAAAAAAUGGCAAGUGGCUUGGGUUCACAGCGAGUACAGUGGAUGAUGUCAGGAACACUGGCGGUGGUUUCUUACAAGACACUUCUGUAUGCACUUCUGAAAUACCUGCUGUGCACGUUGAGGCCAAGUGUGUUUCAGUGACUCAGCCAGCUGUUGGCACACAUCCUCUGCAAACAAACGAAGACACAUUUUCAGCCGAGAAAGCAAGGAUAGAAAACGAAAUGGACCCUUCAGAUAUCUCAAAUGUGAGUGCUGCUAACUUGUCCAUGGCAGAAGUCCUUGCUAAGAAAGAAGAGCUGGCAGAUCGUCUAGAAAAGGCCAAUGAAGAAGCCAUCGCUAGUGCCAUUGCUGAAGAGGAGCAGUUAACUAGAGAAAUUGAGGCUGAGGAAAACAAUGAUAUCAACAUCGAAACUGACAACGACAGUGAUUUUUCAGCCAGCAUGGGCAGUGGGAGUGUAACUGUCUGUGGUUUGUCUAUGGACUGGAAUGAAGUCCUUGCGGACUAUGAAGCUCGUGAAUCUUGGCGCCAAAAUACAUCCUGGGGGGAUAUUGUAGAGGAGGAGCCUGCCAGGCCUCCGGGGCACGGAAUCCACAUGCAUGAAAAACUUUCUUCCCCGUCUCGGAAAAGAACAAUUGCAGAAUCAAAGAAGAAACAUGAAGAAAAACAAAUGAAAGCACAGCAGCUAAGAGAAAAGUUACGUGAAGAGAAGACAUUAAAGCUUCAGAAAUUGUUAGAAAGGGAGAAGGACGUCCGGAAGUGGAAGGAAGAGUUAUUAGACCAACGACGUAGGAUGAUGGAAGAGAAAUUACUUCAUGCCGAAUUUAAACGAGAGGUGCAAUUACAAGCCAUUGUGAAAAAAGCCCAAGAAGAAGAAGCUAAGGUAAAUGAAAUUGCCUUUAUCAAUACCCUUGAAGCCCAAAAUAAGCGUCAUGAUGUUUUAUCAAAAUUGAAGGAGUAUGAACAGAGGCUUAAUGAGCUACAGGAGGAGCGUCAAAGGAGACAGGAGGAAAAGCAAGCCCGUGAUGAAGCUGUGCAGGAGCGGAAGAGAGCUUUGGAGGCAGAACGGCAGGCCCGUGUAGAAGAAUUACUGACCAAGAGGAAAGAACAAGAAGCCCGAAUUGAGCAGCAGCGCCAGGAAAAGGAGAAAGCACGCGAGGACGCAGCCCGGGAAAGAGCAAGAGACAGGGAGGAACGAUUGGCAGCACUUACAGCUGCUCAACAGGAAGCGAUGGAAGAACUUCAAAAAAAAAUUCAACUCAAGCACGAUGAAAGCAUUCGAAGGCACAUGGAACAGAUUGAGCAGAGAAAGGAGAAAGCUGCUGAAUUAAGCAGUGGGCGACAUGCAAAUACGGAUGACGCCCCUAAGCUGACCCCCUAUGAAAGAAAGAAGCAGUGUUCUUUAUGCAAUGUCCAGAUCUCGUCAGAGGUGUAUCUUUUUAGCCAUAUUAAAGGGAAAAAACACCAGCAAGCUGUGAGAGAGAAUAGCAGUAUCCAAGGACGGGAACUUUCAGAUGAAGAAGUGGAACAUCUUUCCUUGAAGAAGUAUAUUGUUGACAUUGUGGUUGAAAGUUCAGCUCCACCAGAGCCCGUGAAAGAUGGAGAAGAGCGGCAAAAAAAUAAGAAAAAAGCCAAAAAGAUAAAAGCCCGGAUGAACUCCAGGGCCAAGGAAUAUGAGAGCUUGAUGGAAACAAAAAAUUCUGGUUCUGACUCACCUUAUAAAGCCAAACUUCAGAGAUUAGCCAAAGAUCUUCUAAAACAGCUUCAAGUACAAGACAGUGGCUCGUGGGCGAACAAUAAGGUCUCUGCGUUGGAUCGGACCUUAGGCGAAAUCGCUAGAAUAUUGGAAAAGGAGAAUGUGGCAGAUCAGAUCGCAUUUCAAGUGGCUGGUGGAUUAACAGCCGUUGAGCACAUCCUUCAAGCAGUGGUCCCCGUCACCAAUGUGAACACAGUUGCCCGAAUUCCACCUAAGUCUCUCUGCAGCGCCAUCAACGUUUACAACCUCACCUGCAAUUGCUGCUCAGAAAACUGCACCGAUGUUCUGUUUAGUAACAAGAUUACCUUCUUAAUGGACCUCCUGAUACACCAGUUGACGGUUUGUGUUCCAGAUGAGAAUAAUUCUAUGAUGGGAAGGAAUGCAAAUAAGCAAGCAUUUGAAGGCUUGACCACGGGACUUCUGAAAGUCAGUGCUGUGGUCUUUGGCUGCCUGAUUGCCAAUCGACCAGAUGGAAGCAGCCGGCCAGCUACCCCAAAAAUAUCCACACAGGAAAUGAAGACCAAGUCGUCACCUGGUGAUGCUUUUACCAGCCGAGUCCAGGACCUCCUCAGCUACGUGGUGAACAUUGGUCUGAUUGACAAGCUGUGUGGUUGCUUCCUGUCGGUGCAAGGCCCAGUGGAUGAGAAUCCCAAAAUGGCCAUGUUUCUGCAGCACGCCGCGGGACUCUUACAGGGAAUGUGCACGCUCUGCUUUGCUGUGACCAGGAGGUCAUACAGCAUAUUCGACAAUAAUCGCCAGGAUCCCACGGGGCUGACAGCUGCUCUUCAGGCGACAGACCUGGCCGGAGUUCUGCACAUGCUCUACUGUGUCCUCUUUCACGGCACCAUCUCGGACCCCAGCGCAGCCAGUCCGAAGGAGAGCUAUGCCCAGAACACAGUUCAAGUGGCCCUUCAGAGUUUACGUUUCUUCAACAGCUUUGCCCCUCUGGAUCUGCCUGCUUUUCAGUCUAUCGUAGGCGCAGAGGGCUUGUCACUUGCGUUCCGGCACAUCGCCAGCUCUCUGCUGGGCCACUGCAGCCAAGUCUCUUGCGAAAGCCUGCUCCAUGAGGUCAUCGUCUGUGUGGGCUACUUCACUGUCAACCACCCAGAUAACCAGGUGAUUGUGCAGUCCGGCCGCCACCCCACAGUGCUGCAGAAGCUCUGCCAGUUGCCCUUCCAGUAUUUCAGCGACCCACGGCUGAUCAAAGUGCUGUUUCCCUCGCUUAUCGCCGCUUGUUACAACAACCGCCAGAACAAGGUCAUCCUGGAGCAGGAGAUGAGCAGCGUGCUCCUGGCCACGUUCAUUCAGGAUUUCGCACAGGCUCCGGGUCAGACCGAUAAGCAGCCUCAUCAGCCCAAAGGAAAAUCCCUGGAUUCCCAAGACUAUCUUGAGCUAGCCAACAGAUUUCCUCAGCAGGCCUGGGAAGAAGCUCGCCGGUUUUUCUUGAACAAAGAGAAAAAAUAAAUGUUUUGGUUGGGUCUGCAUUUGAGUACCCUCGUUAAUAUUUUUAAUUGUUCAUGUUAACUGUCCCCAAAGUAGCUCAUAUUCACGUUGUUUAUACUCCCCAGCACUGCAGAUACGGUUGACACUCUGCGCUGUUUAUAAUCUCUGUGGACACUUGGAUGUUCUGCUUUCUCACGGUGCAGGUUGGGUCUGUUUCAUGGAUGCACAAUAUUUGGAUGUGGACAACUUCCAUCCCAUCGUAAUAUAGACCUUGUGUUUGUAACAUAGGUGAAAUUAGACAUCAAAUUAGAAAGUCUGUUUUGUUCUUGUAAUAAAAUAACUUAUUCUGUU